UGCCGUGGUCUGGGCGGUGACACUGAACGCCGGGAGCCGCGCGCCCGCCGCUGUGUGGCCGCGGUGGCCGGGGGCAGCCGGGACCACCCCCGCUCCAGCGAUGCUGUAAGCAGCGCAGAGCCCGCCGCCCGAGGUCGAAAAUACACACCCUGGACGGAAGCCUCUAGAUGUGCCUGAGCUCCCACCCGGCCUGCCCACUUUGGAAAGCCCAGAAGGAGGCCCCCCGGGGAGCGGUGGACCCCGAGCAGCCGCGCCUUGCCCUGGGCCGUGCAGGAUGGAGACGGUGUCGCAGGAUUCCCUGCUGGAAUGUCAGAUCUGCUUCAACUACUACAGCCCGCGGCGGCGACCCAAGCUGCUGGACUGCCGCCACACGUGCUGCUCAGUGUGUCUGCAGCAGAUGAGGACCAGCCAGAAGGACGUGCGCUGCCCCUGGUGCCGGGGCAUCACCAAGCUGCCCCCGGGCUUCUCCAUAUCGCAGCUCCCCGACGACCCCGAGGUCCUGGCUGUCAUCGCCAUCCCGCAUGCGUCCGAGCACACGCCCGUCUUCAUCAAACUGCCCAGCAACGGGUGCUACAUGCUGCCCCUGCCCGUCUCCAAGGAGCGAGCGCUGCUGCCUGGGGACCUGGGCUGCCGCCUGCUGCCCGGCGGUCAGCAGAAGUCGGUGACCGUGGUGACCAUCCCCGCCGAGCAGCAGCCCCUGCAAGGUGGGGCGUCCCCCGAGGCGGUUGAGGAGGAGCCCGAGCGCCGGGCGGGCGUGGUGAAGAGCUCCACAUGGUCGGGGGUGUGCACGGUCAUCCUGGUGGCCUGCGUGCUGGUCUUCCUGCUGGGCAUCGUGCUCCACAACAUGUCCUGCAUCUCCAAGCGCUUCACGGUGAUAUCCUGUGGCUGAAGGCGGCCACAGGGACGUCUCCUGUGGGUGCCAACUAGGGGCGGAGCAGGUGUUGGUUGAGGGGAUGGCGGUGAGAAACAGGGGGCAAUGCUGAUCAUUGGGUGCCGGGCGCUGCCUGUGGGCUGCCACUUGAUUUGCCCGCAGACACCACACACACACACACACACACACACACACACACACACACACACACACACACACACACAGCAGAAGGGAAGGUGUCGGCCAGAGGCGACAGACCCCUCAGCUCCGACUCUGAUUGCAUGCAUCCUUCUUCUCCUCCUCCUCCUCAUCUUUCCAUGGACUCUUAACUCAACGACUUGUCAGAAUCACAUUUCCAGAUCGACGUUUUUCUCGCUAGAUGUGAAACUGUGCAAGUAGCAUCCGAUGUGGUCCAAUGUGGAUGAGAAAAAAAAUUGCUCCUCGGGCCAGGAGAAGACUCAGAUGGACUUGAGAAUCCGCCCGAAGCUUCUGGAAGAUGGGCAGUGCUGUGUCCUUACUUCUUUUUCUUUUUUUUUUUUUAAACUGAAAACUCGUCUUCAUUCCAUUACUAAGACUUUUUCUACUUCUCAAAUGGCACCCAAAUUAAAAUUAGUUCAACAGAUAGUCCUCUUUUUUUUCCCCCCCUCUGAAGAAAAAUAUGUGAACCCAUGUUUGCGAUGUGCUGUGUUUUGUCAUGUACCUUCAUUUUUCUUUCCUUGUAAUUAGAGCUUGCUCCGUGUUUAUUAAACUGAAAGCCCAACAGGGGAGCAGUAAGCUGAGUAAUAAUGGGAAAUGCUAAAUCCCACAGGAAACGUGGAUAUCAAUUUUUCUUAAGCCAUCUCACAAAAUGAGAAUCUUAAAUGUAAAUAUUGUGUAUUUGUGUAGGGGGGUUGGGUGUUGUGUUUGUGUCAUUUACCUCAGGUUCUGAGUCUUUUUAGAAGAAUCCUGGGAGUAAGACUUUGUGGGCAGGAGUGCACCCAGGGUCUGGAGCAAGGGGCCAGCCUGUGUGCCCUGGGACUCAGUUCAUGAUGGUGCCGCUAAAUUAUCACACUGUCUCUUCUUCUCUGUAUUCUGCUCCUGUGUUCUGUGAUGUGCAAAUGGAUAGCAUCAGAAACAUCUAUCUUGUCCUUCCAGUUGGGGUUGUUUUAAAAGUUGUGAAUGUUGUUAACUGCUGACAACUGGAUGGGUGUUUCAGUAGCUAGUCCCUGAUUACGUGCUGGAAGCUUCUGUUCCAUGAGAUUUACAUCAUUUGAGAAAUCCAACAGGAUAAUCAUUGAUAUCAGUGAGGAAGGGUCUUGAAACUUAAAAAGUAUUUUUGUAGGAAGAAAAGCAACAAGGGAAACUAACAAUUCACAUUCCAAUUUCAGAGGACUGGUUUGUCAUAAAUCCUCAGAUAUUCUUAAAUCUGUCAUGGUCGAUAGAUGCUUGUGAAAAAAAAUGCCCGUGUUAAAUGUGCGCAUUUGGAAAUGGCCAUAAACGUUCCAAGUUUCUAAUUUCUUUUAUAAAAUUGAUGAAGCACGCAGUACAUUAUAAGGACUCUACUCAUAAAUAGAUCUGGUUUUGUUCCACCGAACCCCUGAGAACAGUGGUGGGGAAGAUAAGCAGUAGCGUGUUCCAAAAACCAAGACUAGAAAGAGCCCUAUGAGAUCGAGACAAUUUAAUUUACUUACAAAAUACAUGCAUCAGAGUAAUGGGAUUAAUUGGGGUUGAGGUGGGGGGGGGGACCAAGAAUAAAAUGAGUAGCAUUCAAAGCUGUUUCAUUGGCAUGAGGAUUCAAUAUGAAUAUAUGAGCUCUAGUUUUUCAAAUCUUUCAAAUUUGUCUUAAGGCCUUUAGGAGAUGUAUUUGAAAGCUCAAACUAGAAAUUAGGUAAAACGCUAAUUUAUUGUGUAAGCUAUUGGGCAUUAUACAACCAAUGAUAAGAAUUUCUCGGGUAUUAGUAAAUUUGGUGUAUUAGCUGAAUAAUAUCUUCUGUUAUGUAAAACUAGAUUGUUGGGGUUAGUGUCAGUUUGUCAGAAUUUCUCAUGCUGCCGUGAUGCAUGUCUGACCUAAUUUUCAUUCCUUCCGGUGGGAAAAAUAACCCCCACAGAAAUGUUGCAUUUUUCAUUCAGUGUUUCUAAUGUACUUUGCCUUUUCCAUUUUAAGCCAUGCCACAUUCAAGUUAGUUUUGUGAAUGCAAUCCGCUGUGUUAGUGUGCAGAUGAUUUGACUGUUUCUGCAGUGUAGUGUGCGUUAGGUUAUAUAUAUAUAGACACUAACAUGUGUCACCAUACAGCAACCUCUGUUUUUUAGUGCAAAGCUGUAGAGUAAAAACGUCCAAGUAACUUGAACUUAAAGACAAUUCUGAGCUAGAGCUGCGACAAAGCAGUACAAAAUUAAAUCGGUCUAUGAUAGGUUCUUGACUUUACAAUUUAAGUUAACGGCCAUCUAAAUCAGACUUUUGCGGGUGAGUUUUACUGAUAUAAAAACGUUCAGUGGAUUCUACCUGCAUUACUAGUAUGCAUCUGUUUGUUAAUGCGUGGUUGUGUGUGUGUGUGUGUGUGUGUGAUGUCCCAAGCUGCCAGGUAGAAUUUUUAUAGACUUUAUCAUGUUUUCAUGUUAUUUGGCAUACCCUUGCUCCGGCUUCUUCUGGCAUUUACCCCUGACACUAACAGCUCAUCCAGUCCAGUGACACAAUUGGCCAGCACGCACAGUGACACAUCGAUGGAAAAAAAAAAUCACAUCUGAAAGCACAGGAAGCUGGAGCUGAAGGCAUCCUCUGGAGAUUUCAUUUUGUACGUGAGUCCACCAAGACCCCUAGAGGUACAUGGUGAUUUGGAAUUCUGCAGCGAAAGGGAGACAUUGCACUUUGACAUCGCUCCCAGGCUCUGAUGUUUUUUCAGGGUGGAGGAAUACCCUUUCUUAGCUAUUGUUUGGAUUUUGAUUGCGUUGGUGGAUUUAUAUAUUCAUUUUAUUUAGCAUCUACCUCUCUGGGAAAUGAAAGCCUAUGGAAGGAGGGCUGAUAAGGGUUCUGUAUGGACGUUUCAAGGAAACCAUGUGAUUUGAAUUUUUUUAAGGUGCAAAACAUUAGUUUCCCAACUCCUUCCCCUCAAUGUAAAGAACGAUGAGAGGUGUGUAAAUAGUAAACUAUAAGAAGCAUGAAUCUUCCUCUUUAUUAAUGAUCUUGACAUAAGCAAGGGAAUGCUCAAUAUGUUAAGUAGAGCCAAGUGUGCUAUCAAAAAGUGUUGUCUUUGGGAAAUUUUUGUAUCAUGACCUGGGGCAUAAGUUGUGAUGAAAAGACAAAUGAGUUCUCAGUUCCAGUCAUACUUUUAUGAUGAGAAAGCUAUGAGGCAUUUUCUUUAAGUUUAAUCUUACAUAUGACUUAUGAAUGGGUCCCUUGUGGUUUAAACCCGUUGCUGGUGCAGCCCUGAGGAUCUGUUAGGUUGACAUUGUUUGGAACUUAAAUGAUUCCAGAAAUGUUCAGUUGCUUAUAUUGUCCAUUACAGUAGCCAUGUGCCACAUUGGUUAUGGAGCAAUUGAAAUAGGGUUAGUGUGACUGAAGAAUCGAACUUCUAUUUAAUUUUUACUUCAAUUUGGACUUCUAUUUAAUUUUACUUCUAUUUGGUCAAUGGCUAGUGGCUGCCAUGUUGGGCAACACAGUUCUGGAUGGUUGUGCAAUGGAAUCUAGCAUCAAAGUGCUAAUGGAAUAACAGAAAGAUUAAUAAGACAGUUUAUGGUCAGUACAUGCACUAGACCGAAAAUCCUUCCUGGGCUUAAACAAUAGAUGGUCUCAAGUAUGACCGUAAAAAACUCAUUGAUUGCCCUCUGAGGUUAUAACUUAGCUACUUUGGGCCAGCAUAUGAUCAGUGGAUGAAGAGUGCUUUAUUUUGCCCCUAUUUCUGGAUCAUUAGCUGCAUGUGAACCUGUUGUCCCAAAAUAGUACUUAGACAGUCGCUGUAAAAUGUUUGACUUGCCAGCUAUGCAUGACCUGUACUGUGAUAUUAUGUUUAGGGUCUUGUGGCCAAAAAGUAAAUGUUGUAGGUAAAAAUAAGGUCUAAUGAAAUCCCUGUUCACAUCUGACAUCUGACCCAAACUUCAUUGCUGCAUCAGUGAGGUGUGAUAUACAAGAGCAAGCAUGUUUCUUAGAUUCAUAGUGUUUCCAUUUGCCCUUGAAGUCAGACAGCUUGUCUUUGUAUAAGGAGUGGGCAAAUGUCCACAUCUUUUUACUGAUGCCAGAUGAAAACAAAAGUAAUAUUUUCAGAGUGAGCUUCAACAUUGUUUUAGUCUUAUUGGGUUUUUAUUUAAGUUAUUACCGAAUUGGAGAUUUAGAGCCUUGUCCAAAGGCAUUAAAAAACAAAAACAUUAGUUUGGAAUUUAAAGACUUAAGGGUUAUUUAAGGUAAUAAAAUUGUUUUUUAAUUGAGUAAAGGGAAACAGGAAAUUCAGCUUGAGAUCUGCUUUUAGAGAUUUGACUCUUCCUGAAUUUAUUCUCAUCUAGAUUUUUAAAUGUGAAGACCUAAACCAUGUCACAAUUGGUUAGUGUGCUUUACUCUGUAAACCAUUUUGUUGGGCAGAAUUGGGUAGGCUUUUUAUUUUUUUGCCAUUGAACUCAUCAAUGAAUAUGACUUAUUCUUUUCAGCCUGUCUUCAA